AUGGGUAAUCAUUGGGCAAAGAAUUGCCGAACUCCUAAGCAUUUGUGUGAGCUUUACAUGGAGAGCUUAAAAAGAAACCCGGAAGCUAACAUGGUUCGAGACCCGGGAUAUGAUGGUGAUGAUGAUGAUGACUUGGAAGACGUCCAGGAUCACCAGCACGAGUCAGACAAAGUUGAUCACAUGGAAAUGAAAAGUGGAAUGGAUACAAUCGUGGUGGACAGUGGCACCAGUCACACCAUUUUGAGAGACAAACGAUUUUUCAUACAUCUCACACAUAAGGUAGCUAACAUCACCACUAUAGCUGGCACGGCUAGCUUAAUUGAAGCUUAUGGCCACGCCAAUAUCUUAUUGCCAAAAGGUACAAAUCUUGAGAUUGAAGAUGCUUUGUACUCACCUAGCUCAAACAGAAGUCUAUUGAGCUUUAAAGACAUAAGACUGAAUGGUUUCCACAUCGAAACAAUGGGUGAAGGAAGUAAAGAAUUCCUACAGAUUUAUAAAAUCACCCAAGGCAAUAAGAAAGUCUUUGAGACUAUACCUGCGUGUGGGACUGGUCUUUAUUAUGCCCAGACCAGUCUUGUUGAGGCUAAUGCCUUGGUUUUUGCUGAUGCAGGUUAUCUCUCUGAUCCACAUUAUGCUAGAUCUCAGACUGGUUAUGUUUUUACACACGGUGGGACAGCUAUAUCCUGGUGGUUCAUGAAGCAGACCAUGGCAGCCACAUCCUCUAACUACGCUGAAAUAUUAGCCAUGCAUGAAGCCAGCCGUGAGAGUGUAUGGAUGAGAUCCAUGACACAGCAUAUUCGUCCCACUUGUGGUAUGAUCAAAGGAAAGGAUCCAACGACCAUCCUAUACGAGGAUAACGCAGCAUGCAUCGCACAGCUUAAGGAUGGAUACAUUAAAGGAGAUAGGACGAAACAUAUUCUUCCUAAGUUCUUCUUUACACACGAGCUUCAGAAGGCAGGAGAGGUCCAAGUAUUGCAAGUCCGUUCGAGUGAGAAUUCAGCCGACCUCUUCACCAAGUCACUACCAACCUCAACGUUCAAGAAGCUCAUAUGGAAGAUAGGCAUGCGUCGACUGAAGGAUCUUCGGUGA